AUGCAAAACAACCAGAAAGAGCAUUUAUAUAAAAUACUCGUAAUCGGGGAUUUGGGUGUGGGAAAAACCAGUAUAAUCAAGCGGUAUGUUCACCAGACGUACUCCACGAAUUACAGAGCGACCAUCGGCGUGGAUUUCGCACUUAAAGUUCUAAACUGGGAUUCAAAAACUGUACGGUUGCAACUCUGGGAUAUUGCAGGCCAGGAGAGGUUCGGGAACAUGACGAGGGUCUACUACAGGGAGGCCAUGGGUGCGUUCAUUGUUUUUGACGUCACCCGACCCGCAACGUUUGAGGCUGUGACGAAAUGGAAGCAGGACCUUGACUCCAAACUGACACUGGCAAGUGGCCAGAGCAUUCCCACAGUCCUCCUGGCCAACAAGUGUGACCAAGGCAGAGACAUUUUCCUCAAUAACGGCAUCAGAAUGGAUCAGUUUUGCAAGGACAAUGGCUUUGUGGGAUGGUUCGAGACCUCAGCCAAAGAAAACAUCAACAUUAACGAAGCCGCCAACUUCUUGGUGAAGCACGUCAUCGCCAGCGAGAACGACAUCCUCAAAUCUGUGGUUCCGGACACCAUUUCUCCACAGCUCCACCCUUCCAAAGAGCUUCCAUGCUCCGCCUGUUUCAAACCCUAA